AUGCCUGAACAAACCAAUAUUAAAGUGAUAGUGCGCGUUCGACCAUACAAUCAGCGGGAAACAGAACAAAAUCAAAGAUGUAUUAUAAAAGUAAUGGACGGAUCUUCACUGUUGUUCGACCCAGACGAGGAAGACGACGAGUUCUUUUUUCAGGGUGCCAAGCAGCAAUACAGAGACAUUUCAAAGCGUACUAACAAAAAACUAUCAAUGGAAUUCGAUCGUGUCUACGACACAGAUCGCACAAACGAGGACCUGUUCAUGGAGUGUACAGCGCCGCUGGUCGAUGCAGUGCUCGAUGGGUACAAUUGUUCGGUGUUUGUGUACGGUGCGACGGGUGCAGGCAAAACAUACACAAUGCUUGGCAGCGAAAAUAGUCCGGGCCUCACGUUUCUGACAAUGCGCGACCUUUUCGAGAAAAUUCAAAGCCAACAGGACAUACGCAAGUUCGAUGUGGGCGUCAGCUAUUUGGAGGUGUAUAAUGAGCAGGUUAUGAACCUGCUCACAAAAACAGGCCCCCUAAAGCUGCGUGAGGACUCUAAUGGUGUGGUCGUGAGCGGAUUAGUUCUGAAGCCCAUAUACAGUGCUGACGAGCUGCUGCACAUGCUCAGACUGGGCAAUUCGAAUCGCACACAGCAUCCAACGGAUUCCAACGCGGAAAGUUCACGUUCGCAUGCUAUUUUCCAAGUUCACAUUCGGAUCACGGAUCACAAGACUGGCGCCAAGCGCAGUGUAAAGCUCUCCAUGAUUGAUUUAGCAGGCAGUGAACGUGCGGCUAGCACCAAGGGCCUUGGUAUGCGCUUCAAGGAGGGCGCCAGCAUCAACAAGAGCUUGUUGGCGUUGGGCAACUGCAUAAACAAGCUGGCCGAUGGUCUAAAGCAUAUACCCUAUCGCGACUCGAACUUGACACGGAUUCUAAAAGACUCCCUCGGCGGUAACUGCCGCACUCUGAUGGUGGCCAAUGUGUCGAUGAGCUCGCUCACAUACGAGGACACGUAUAACACCCUCAAGUAUGCCAGUCGCGCCAAGAAGAUACGCUCUGUGCUGCGCCAGAAUGUGCUCAAGUCGAACUUGCCCAAGGAAUUCUAUGUGAAGAAGGUUACCGAGCUAAUGAGCGAGCAGGAACGUCUAUUACAGCAUAACAAGGGUCUGGAAGCCAAACUGGCGCAAAUGGAACGCUCCGGAAACAAUGGCUACGAUCCACAGGAGCUUAAGCCUUGGUUUAGCCGAAUUGACGCUGUAUACGCUACUGUAAUCAAGCUGCAGCAGUGCGUCAUUGGUCUACGCAGCAAAAUACAGACCCUGAGCUACCGACAAACGCUGAAGAAAGACUUUGAGCAGCUGCGCAAAAUUGUGACUCUGGACCAACGCCUGUUUCAGGAGGACUAUAAACUAUUCACGAACUAUGUGAACGCAUUGGGUGCAAGAAAUCAGAAAUAUACCGAUGAGCUGCCAUUGUGGCGCAACAAGUUGGAGGCUGCCUGCAUAAAUCUGAAAAAGCUAAAGCUUGAGGCGAAGGAAUCGAAGUACCACCACAUACUCAGCUUGUAUUUAAGCAAUAAGGAUCUGGAAGUGCAGCUAUCCAAGCAGCAGAUAAAUAGCAAUCAUCUGACCGGUAUUAACAAUGAGCAGGCGGAGAAUUCGAGCCUCCUGCGUAAGUCCUUUUCCAUGAUCUGCGAUGUAUUACAUCAGUUAUACAAUCGUCUGGAGGAGACGCAGAAACUGACACCAGAGAUACAAGGUGUGUACGAACGAUUGGAAAGAAAGAUGCGUUUCACAGAGUCGGAAACCGAAGCUACUGCGCAGGACAUGGAAUUGGAUGCACUCCUCGCCGAGCAGCAUGAGGAGGAGGAGCCGUCAUCAACACUGACCAGUAGCGCCAGGAAGCGCAACCGCGCUCGUCGCUACACGCACACAUUAACCAAUAGUGAAUUUGUGCUUCAUCUGGGCGUGGAUAGCUUCGAGGACACAGACUCUGACACGGACACUGUAGAGGACAGCCAGCAGGUGUUUAAGAAACCACGUAACCUUGACGUUACUCAAGUUAUUGCCAGCAACACGAACUCGCACAAAGCGCUGACAGCGACCGUAACAAAGUCACGACCCGUCAGCCAUCGUAUGGUAUCGGACAUGCUCUCGGAUCAGAAUGUCUGCGGAUCGGCAGACAAGGAGAAAAUGAAGCAAGCUCUACUCAAAUCUAGCAAGUUUACCACGCAGGGAUUGCAGCGCACAUGCGCAGCUGCGAUACAAAAGGAGAAUUUAAAGUUCUCAGCGAACUGUGUGAGGAAAAGUCCACGUGCUCUUAUCGCAAAGACUCUCGCUGGCAGUUCGGCAACGUUGCGCAAACCGAUAUCUCGCCUUGCAGGAACCAUUGGCUCGGGUGCCAAGGAGGCGCCAGUGGUAAGAAUAAAUCGAGCUGCCUCGUUUCGCGUAAAAAAAUAACUAAUGAUGUUUGC